GAAACCGUGAUGCUCAAACGAAAAGCUCAAAAAGCUUUUGUCUAUGAAAAACCAGUAUCUGUAUUCGAUGAAUUUUGUUGUUCGGCAGAGAAUAGACAAUGCAGGCUUGGCGUUCAUGCAUGAAAGGAAAGAGUAGUUGGCCCAAUGAUCGCAGCGGCUUGUUUUUGUCGCACCUCUCCAGAAAACAAAACUCUAGUUGUUUAGAUGAGAGAACGAUUGUCGCAACUAAUAGAUAAGUCGGGUUAGAGGCGCUCAGUAAUCAUUGAAACUUGCUUUGGAGUGGCGGUUCGUGGUUGUGUUCGCAAUAAAACGAAGUCCGUUUUUGUAUUAUUUGUUUAUUUGUUACCAAAUGUUUUAGCCAAAUUGAGAUUGGUGGGCGAUUAAAAUUCAAUCUAAGCUACCAAACCUAAAAAUUUUAAAAUGAUAAACGCACAUAUUAUACGAAUUGUUUUGCUCGUCGGCUGCUUUAAAACCUACCAAGCUGUCGUUAGUGUUUCAUAUUGCAAUUUUGAAGAUACCGUCGAUUUAACUCAUUCUCAGAAAUUCACAAAUGGAUCCUAUUUGUACGGCGACGAUUUGAUAAUACCUGCCGAGCAGGUAAGCAUCUACGAUUACGAAAUCAUCUACGACGGAGAUCGAAUAUCACGAGAACCACAUCCGCGCGGUUGUGUCUGUCGACCGGGUGAGCGUAGCUGCAUCAAAUUUUGCUGUCAUCCGCAAAGGCAAGCCUUGUCGAACAGCAGCCGCCAGUGUGAAGAGUUGUACGAAGUACCAAAAUUUAAUCACAACAUGAAGGUGAUCUCUCUGAAUGGUACACGACGCAUUGUCGAUAUAACCAAAGAGUUUACCAUGGUCCUGGGCAUACCGUGUGACAAUGCCUAUCCGUUGAAUCCAUUGAUGAAUUUGCACGAAAAAUGGAAUCUGCUGGAGAACGGGUCGUUGGUUUUGUACUAUAAUUUACGUAUUUUAAGUAAGAGUGAGUAUUGUUUUAUGCCCGAGCUGAGGAGCGACAAUGCCAUCAUUGGGGGCAGUCCAUGGGUACUAAGUCCAAUGAUAUGUCCGGUAGCGAAACCGGUUUCCAUUUCAAGACUCUUCAAUAAUGUGGCUGAUUGCAUAUCCAUAGUUUUCCUGGUACUCACAAUUCUGGUAAUCUUGGUGAAGCCCGAGAAAAUCAAUCUGCAAGAGAACAGUUUAAUGUGCUUCCUGGUUGCGCUAACCAUUGGCAAUAUCAUUGUGGCUUCGACCUAUAUUUCUGAUACCCAAUUGACGGGUAUCUGGUGCAGUAUUGUAGGACUUGCAGGCUAUUUCUUUUCGGUUGUAUCUUUCUUUUGGCUAAAUGUAAUCUUUUUUGACCUGUUGAAGAGCAUAGUGAAUAGAGAAAACCACUUUGUCACAUAUUUAGCCUACGGCUGGGGUGUUCCAGCGGCCCUCACUGCAGUACUACUGAUAAUUCAAAACUCCAAUAUGCCCGAAAAAUAUAAACCCGGAUUUGGUGAGGAAUCCUGCUGGUUCAAUUCUAAUAAUUUCUCAGCUCUAUUCUACUUGUAUGGCCUAAAUAUAUUCCUAUUGUGUUUGAAUAUUUUCUACUACAUUACGACAUGGCACAAGAUGAAAUCUGUUCUACAACAUCAACCCACAAGGAAGGACGAUUUGGUGAAGAGUGCCGAUCAGUAUGGCCGUUUAUUAAUUCUCAUGAUAGUAUUGGCUUGUUUCGAAACCAUAUCGAAUAUCGAAAGUGUUCUACAUCCGAAUAGUGAAACCAUAUGGUAUUUUGUGGCAGAUUUUGUUGAUGCCCUGGAGGGUCCGGUGAUCUUUUGGAUAUUUGCUGUGAGACCAAUCAUUGAUAUAAGAAGAAAUCGUUUCCUGGAAAACGGCAAUCGGUAUGAUCCCUUGGACGAGGGCAUUACUUUAUCUGAUGCUCCGGGUUUUAAAGCGGAAAAUGGCCAUCAAAUUUAUGACCGUUUUUAAAACGCUGGCAACGGAGCAGUUCCCGUUUCAGAGGAGAGAAAGCAAUAUUUUAAACCAAAUAAAGACAUCAUUAAUGUUUAAGGCGAAAAUAUCAAACUGGUUUUCCAAGAAGUACUCUGCGCGCAUACCGCGCAUUGAGCGUGAAAAGAAAGUACUUAACAUUCAAAAUUAUGUUAGCCAUUAUAAUACAAUUUUAAUAACUUUAAAUGAUUAUUCGAAUAAGACAUUGUUCCUUUUGGACGCUCUGCAGACAUGCAGAAAUAUAUAUAUAUAUAUAUAUAUAUUAUAAUAUAGGUAUAUUUAAAAAUUAUAUAAGUAUUAAAAACAAUGUAAAUAGUUCCGUCUUAGUAUUUAAAAGCAAUCGUUUGGAAAGCCAAGUAUCUUUCAUGUUCUACCACGACAUUAUGUUUUUUUUUUUGUUUUUAACAGCAGAUGAAUUGUUUUGUAUGAAUUAUAUUUCCUUGAAAUAAUACUCUGGGCUGUGACUUUAAAUAUACUCAGAUAUCAUGAUGAAUAAAAAAGCUAAGAUGUUGAGUCAUUUCUUAGCUAAGUUGGAA